CUAUAUUAUUUAAAGAAAAAAAAAAAACAACACUCUCUCUCUCUAGUUUUUUCCCUAACCCCUCUCCAUCUUCAAUCUACUCUCUCUGUGAGCUGAAUCGACUUUCUCUCUCACUCACCACGACGCCACCACGGUCACGGUCUUCUUCUCAGGCCCUCACACUACCGGCGCCGACCCUAAUUGCUUCCCCUCACCCACCGGAACCACCUCCAACGCUCUCUCUCACGCAGAGCGAAUAACCACUUAUCUAUUUACCAAAAACCCACCAAAGAAUAAUCACGAAAAGCCAUAGCUACUGCCCUGACCUUACCUUUAACGAUUUCCGCUACUCAAGAUCGCCGCCGCUUCUCUCCACUUCCAACUUCGAUAAGAAAUCAUGGCCAGUGAAGGAGAUUACAAAGAACCAGUAAAUGAACAAGCAGUAGCCAACAUGUAUGCUUCUCUGAGGUCUGAACUGAACCAAAUCUACUCAAAAAUCACUGAACUGGAGAUGGAAGUAAGUGAACACUCACUAGUGAUGAAUGCAAUUCAGCCUCUAGACCCAUCUAGGCGGUGCUAUCGCAUGAUUGGAGGUGUCCUGGUGGAGAGAACCAUUAAAGAGGUUUUGCCUGCAGUGCAGCGCAACAAAGAGGGCCUUGAGGAGGUUAUUGCCAGGUUGAACGAAGCUUUGGAAAGGAAGAAAAGGGAAAUCUCUGACCUCGAGGCCAAAUACAAAAUUAGGAUACAAAAGCCAGAUGGCAACGAGGCAAAGGACGAAAGUGGUCGGAAGGAAGGUUCUGCUCAGGGAGUGCUUGUGGGUCCUGCUGGUGCUAGUGAAUGAUUUUGUUGGUAGUGUUGCAUCUUACCUGAUUUUGUUUAUUUGGUCAACUUAGUUGAACUGUUAUUUAGCAUAUGUUGCCAUGUAGUAGGCGUUAUGAGAGUUUUGGGUAUUUGAUUGUGUGAAAGAUACACUUGUUUAGGUUCUUGAGACCUUUUACAUGCAAAGCAGUGGAAUGAACAAAAGUGGUCUAUGAAUGUUGUAUCCCCAAUUAUCUUUGUUUGCUAAUCUAUACUUCUCCAUGUAUGGUUCAUAGGACA